ACUUCCGGGAAAGGGCGUGGCGUCAUCAUAUGUGGGCGGGACUUAAAGUCUAACAGGAAAGUGAGUCGCUAUUUCCUCAGCGUUCAGCGAAACGAUGGCGGCGAGCCGUAAGAAGUUGGUGAUCGUUGGAGACGGCGCUUGUGGAAAGACGUGCUUGCUGAUCGUGUUCAGUAAAGACCAGUUCCCCGAGGUUUACGUCCCCACUGUGUUCGAGAAUUAUGUUGCUGACAUCGAGGUGGACGGAAAGCAGGUGGAGCUCGCUCUGUGGGAUACCGCCGGUCAGGAGGAUUACGACCGCCUGAGGCCGCUCUCGUACCCGGACACAGAUGUCAUCCUCAUGUGCUUCUCUAUAGACAGUCCUGAUAGUUUAGAGAAUAUUCCGGAGAAGUGGACGCCAGAAGUGAAGCAUUUCUGCCCGAACGUUCCCAUCAUCCUCGUCGGGAACAAGAAGGACCUGCGUAAUGACGAGCACACUCGACGUGAGCUGUCCAAAAUGAAACAGGAGCCUGUAAAACCAGAAGAAGGUCGUGACAUGGCAAACCGGAUCAACGCUUUCGGGUAUUUAGAAUGCUCGGCGAAGACGAAAGAUGGUGUCAGGGAAGUGUUCGAGAUGGCCACCAGGGCGGCGCUGCAGGCCAAAAAGCGCGGCAAGAAGAACGGCUGCCUGCUAUUAUAGACAUCGAACCAAACUACCGGCUGGUCGGAGGAUCUUUAACUCUGCCAUUGUGAAACAGGGAGGGAGGGAGGGAGGGUGGGGUUUAAUUCCCAUGAUACUGAACCGGCCAAUCAGAGACAGGGAUUUAGAGACACCGUGAUCCAUGGUAAGGACGUGUGAAACAGCGCAGAGAUUCGGGUAACAGCGUUAUCUCGUCAUUCUUGAAGCCCAGAUUAGGGCCUCGUUCCAAUAACGGUUUUAAUACACCCUUGUCCACUUUCCCUUGGUUGGUCAUGUUCAGGACGCUGCUGCAUCAUCAACACGGCAGACGAACCAAGCAAUGAAAUAUCCCUGAUAGCGUUUGUCUUUAUGGGAGCGGUUUCUGACUCUCUGAUCGGUGUUUUACUCUGCUCGCCGAUGACGGAGCGCGAUAGUUAGCGUACGAGCGAGUAAGACUCUAUUUAAGGGGAAGUGAACGGGGUGUGCGGAACACAGCGCAGGGUUAUUUUAAGACUUCCUCUGAGCGUUCGAGGUUAGGUUUUUAAAGGAAUCCGUUGUUGAGACUUUUCGUUUUAGGUUUGUUUGUUUUUUCCUCCACUGGUUUUCAUCCUCAUCUCGCCCUGUCCUCAGUGACUGUGUUGAGCUGACUGUACGUAUGUUUGUAUAUGUGUGUAUAUGAAUGCAUGCGCAUCUUUAUUUGUAAAUGAGUGUAUUUAGACUGCUUUUGUCCUCUUUUUCUGUUUUAUUUCGGCUUUUUUUUUUCCCCAUACCAGGUGUCUGACAGGAUUCUGGGCUGUACAUGAGUGGCCUAAUACACUUGGCAUUUGGUUUCAUGUUAUUUAAAAACAUCCAGUUUUUUAAAUGUUGCAUUUAGAAAAUAAAAUUUAAUGGAAAAAUCCAAA